AUGGGCCCUAAGUUUCCAGCAUGGCUGCAAACACAAAGAUCUCUUCAGAGUCUAUACAUCUCCAACUCAGGAAUUGUGGACGCUGCUCCUAGCUGGUUGUGGAAGUGGGCUUCACAAAUUCCACAUGUCCUGCAUCUCUCUGAUAACCAGAUAUCUGGGGAUUUAUCUGAAGUUCUGCUGAAUAAUACUCAGGUCGAUCUGAGUUCUAAUUGUUUCACAGGCCAGUUACCACAUUUAUCACAGAACGUUAUCGAGUUGAGAAUUGCCAACAAUCCAUUUCCAAGACGGAUUUCCUCUUUCUUGUGCAGAAAGGUUAAUGGAGGAAGUAAAUUGGAGGUCCUCAAUUUAUCAAAUAACUCAUUGUCAGGGAAACUUUUGAAUUGUUUGAUGUAUUGGCCAUCUCUGACUCAUUUGAACCUUGGAGACAACAAUCUAUCUGGUAAAAUUCCCAACUCCAUAGGCUCUUUAUUUGCUCUCAAAGCAUUGCAUUUGUACACUAAUAGCUUCGUCAGAGAUAUACCAGUAUCACUGCAAAACUGUGCAUUUUUGGGCCUUGUGGAUUUAGCUGAAAAUAAAUUCUCAGGGAAUAUACCAAGUUGGAUAGGGGAAAUGUCCACUCUAAUGGCUCUCUCUUUAAGAUCCAAUAAAUUCAUUGGCAACAUUCCUCCACAAAUAUGCCAACUUUCUUCUCUUAUAGUGUUGGAUCUUGCUAAUAAUACAUUAUCAGGAGCCAUACCAAAUUGCAUAAACAAUUUUAGUACAAUGGCAAGAAUGGACACUGCAGUUGAUGAUAACUUCAAAGUUUUGUUUGAUUACAAUUACUUGAAGUACGAGGAUCUUUCCUUAGUGGUUAAAGGGAGGAAAUCAGAGUAUGACAGUAUUCUUGGACUGGUGAGGACAAUUGACUUUUCGAGUAACAAUUUGUCAGGAUCAAUCCCUACUGAAAUCUCAUGUCUCUCAGGGUUGCGGUUUUUGAACUUGUCUCAAAAUCAUUUAAUUGGAAGGAUACCAGAAAAAGUUGGGAGCAUGGAAACCUUGGAAUCUUUGGAUUUGUCAAGAAACCAUCUUUCAGGUGCAAUUCCUGAAAGCAUGACAAAUUUAUCAUUCCUUGAUCAUUUGGACCUGUCUUACAACAAUUUAUCACGAACAAUACCUUCAAGCAGUCAGCUUCAAAGCUUUGAUGCACUUAGCUUCAUUGGCAAUGAUGAACUUUGUGGAGCUCCUCUUACAAAAAAACUGCACAAAGAAGGAAGAUUUUCAAGGUGUGAACCACAUUGA